AUGCAAUCAUCAUUAUUCAUCAAUUUCAUCACAUUUUUCAUAUUAAUCACAAUUAUUUCUGUUUCGGCUGGUCCGAUUAAAUGUCCUCCUAUCAAUUCUACUGCAUCUAACUCUACACAAAAAAGAUAUGUCGUUUUUUUGUCAAAUGAUAAGACUCACUAUAAAUGGUUAAAAGAAUGUUACAAUAGAACCGUGCAAAGUAUAAAAACCACAAAAAUACCUGUUGACAAAAAUUCCAUCCUAGAUAUUUCAAUAAAAGGAAAAUUUUAUGCUUAUAGUACUUGGUAUUAUCCGGAAUUUGCUAAAAAAUAUUUAUCAGAACGUCCAGAAACCAUUUUGGUUGAGAAAGAUUUACGUGUGAAAAUUAAUCAGUGUCCGAAGAAAAAUGAAUCAUCAACUAAUUUAACGGUACAGACGAAUCCAACUUUUAAUUUGGAUCGCAUAGAUCAAGCUAAUUUCCCUUUGAAUAAAAAAUAUAUUUUCCCAUCAUCUGCUGGCUCUAACGCUAUCGUAUACGUUGUUGAUACUGGCGUUUUGGUCACGCAUAAAGAAUUUGAAGGGCGUGCUUCGUUUUUAGGCGCUUUCUGUGUUGGUUGUCCUGAUACUGAUGACAAUGGUCACGGUUCUCAUGUAUCAGGAAUUGUUGGCGGUAAAACGUUCGGUGUCGCAAAGAAAGUGAAAAUUGUUGGUGUCAAAGCUUUAGAUUCUAAAGGUCAAGGAACAAACGCUGACAUUAUAAAUGCUUUAAUAUUUGUCCUUAUUGAUGCGAUGGAGAAAAAGAACAAUGCUAUUAUAAAUUUGUCCAUUGGUGGUCAACGUUCGGAGGCCUUAAAUAAAGUAAUAAAACUACUUACAGAUAAUGGAAUUCACGUUGUUGUAGCUGCUGGCAAUGAGGCUUCAGAUGCUUGUCUGACAUCUCCUGCUUCCGAGUUAUCAGCAAUUACCGUUGGAGCAACCGAGGUUAAAACUAAUGAUAUCACAAAUUUUUCGAAUUUUGGUAAAUGUCUUGACAUUUUUGCUCCAGGCCGGAACAUUACUUCUGUUGGAAUUCAAAGUAAUACUAGUAUAGCAACAUUUUCUGGAACAAGUCAAGCUACUCCUCAUGUUGCUGGAACUGUAGCUUUGAUAAUUUCAAAGUUUGGUAACCAAAAACCUGAUGAAAUGAUAAAGACUUUGGUUAAAUUUUCAACAAAGAACCUUAUAUCUAAUACAAAAGGUAGUCCAAAUAAUUUCUUGAGAAUUCCUCCACCAUAG